AUGGCAGAAGGUUUUCUUCAAGCAAGUCAUAAUGAGUUAUUAGAGGACAUAGGCAACAACCAUUACCACAUCCUGUUAGAGAGUUCAUUGUUGCAAGAAGUAAGGAUGUAUGACCCCUAUCUUGAUGUGAAUGCCAGAUAUGCCAAAAUGCAUGACUUCGUGUAUGAUCUUGCACGAUCAUUGUCAGGAUCUGACAGCAUAAGGGGUGAGAACUGCCAAUCCAGAUAUCUAGUAUUGCAUUCAUUUGGAGAAGAAACACAGAUGAAGUUGAAUGACAUAUCAACAUCAGUUAGUUCAUUAAUUUUGCUUGAGAGUCACAUAUCAGGUGACAUUUUAUCAAACUUUAGGUACUUGCACGUGCUGAAGUUGUCUUGGGUGACUAGUGAGGUGCUGCCAAGCUCAAUCGGCAAGCUGAUCCAUUUACGAUUUCUUGACCUUUCAUACUCUAGAAUAGAAGCUCUGCCUGAGUCCAUUUGCAAGCUUUAUAAUUUGCAAACACUUACAUUUGAUGAAUAUCCUGACAAGAGAACUCUUAAGCAGCUUCCAAAAGGGAUGAGAAAGUUGGUUAAUUUGAGACAUCUCCGCUUUUUUGCUUCUGAUGGUCAAUUCCAAAUGCCAAAAGGGAUGAGGCAGUUAACCUGCCUUCAAACUCUACAGUUCUUCAAUGUAGGAAAAGACAAUGGCCGUACACUUGAGGAGCUGGGAUGCUUAAAAAACCUCCGAGGCCGCCUUCAGAUUCGUAAUCUAGAACUGGUAAAUGGUAAAGAGGGAGCUCUGCAGGCAGAUUUACUGCAAAAGCCAAAAAUGCGUCACUUGGGAUUUGAAUGGUGUAGUGUUAAUGCAGAAGGUGGUUAUGAUGAUGAACAUGUCUUGGAAGGCCUCCAGCCCCAUCCAAAUUUGCAAAGUUUACACAUUAAUAACUACAAUGGUGGGAAAUUUCCACGUUGGUUAAUGAACAUGGCAAUAUACAUGAAGACUACAGACGGAUCAUCAAUAACAAGACUCGACAAAUUGGUAAAGCUGAGAUUAAUAAACUGCAAACUAUGCACAGAAGUCCCUGCCCUUGGACAGUUGCCAUCUCUUCAAGUUCUUGAGUUGAAUGGAUUAGAGAACUUAAGAUGCAUUGGAACUUCAUUCUAUUGCAUUGCUGAUGAUUCCAGUGGAUCAAGCAGCAACAGAAGCAGUAGUCAAGGGUCAAGCAAAUUGUUUCCAGCUCUUAAAACUCUUGAGUUAGCAAAUAUGCCAAAUCUAGUACAAUGGAGGGGAGCAGAAGCUACAUCCAGAGGAGGUGGUGAUGAAGGGCUAGAAGUGUUCUUUCCUAGCCUUGAAGAUUUGAUGAUUAUGAUGUGCCCCAAACUGACCACAGCUCCAGGUAAUUUUCCAAGCCUGAAGAGAUUGAAAAUCGAGAGGAUGGACCAGCUUUUGCCAGUAAAACAGAUUUGCAGCAACGCAACCAUUCUCACAGACCUCUGGAUCAAAGGAAUGCCGGAGCUACUUGCAUUCAAGACGUGCUCAACAAACAGGACUUAG